AACUUCAGCAUGCAACUGUGCUAUAGGGACUUCAGAGUAACCCUCUUCACAGCACAAACAGAUACAUUUGGAAAUGGAUUUAAAGGAGACAUACAGAGAGGGAGAGAAUACAGAGGGGAAAAUUACUCGAGCUGCAGCUGCUAAGUUGGUGAAAAAAGCUUUUCUUGAAGCCCUGAAGUCCAAUGACUUUGAAACCCUGGAGGAGCUCUUGAGCCAAAAGAAAAUAGAUGUGGACACAGUAUUUGAAGUGGAAGAUGAAAACCUGAUUCUGGCAUCCUACAAACAAGGGUACUGGCUGCCUAGCUACAAAUUAAAAAUAUCCUGGGCAACUGGACUUCAUCUGGCUGUCAUGUAUGGACAUCUGGAGAGUCUUUCAGUCCUCCUCAAUCACAAAGCUACAGUCAACUGCCGGCCCAAUGGAAAAGCUGCGAUCCACAUAGCCUGUGAAAUGGCAAAUGUCGAGUGUCUCAAGAUCCUUUGCAACCACGGAGCUAAGCUGAACUGCUUUUCAAUGAGUGGGCAGGCGCCCUUGCACUUCUGUACAACACAAGCCUCCAUGCCUUGUGCCCAGCAGCUGAUUUGGAGAGGAGCAAAUGUGAACAUAAGAACAAACAACAAAGAUGAGGAGACUCCUCUGCACGUCGUUGCACGUUUGGGUGUCCCAGAGCUCGUGGCCUUUUACGUGGAACAAGGAGCACACAUUGAUGCUCUCAAUGCCUAUAUGGAGACUCCCCUGGCCUGUGCAGCCUAUUGGGCCCUUCACUAUAAGGAUCAGAUAUACAGCCAGGAUCACCACCUCAUCUGCCGGAUGCUCUUAGACUAUAAAGCUGAAGUGAAUGCUCGUGAUGAGGAUUUCAAAUCACCGCUCCACAAAGCUGCCUGGAACUGUGAUCAUGUCCUUCUGCAUAUGCUGCUGGAGGCAGGAGCAGAAGCAAAUAUCAUGGAUGUCAAUGGCUGUGCACCCCUACAGUAUAUCAUAAAAGUGACAUCUGUGCGGCCAGCUGCUCAGCCAGACAUCUGCUACCAGCUGCUACUGAAUCAUGGAGCAGCUAGGAUAUAUCCUCUGCAAUUCCAUAAGGUGCUACAAGCCUGUCAUUCCCAUCCUAGAGCUGUGGAGGUCGUUGUCAAUUCCUAUGAACAUAUCAAAUGGACAUCCAAGUGGAAAGCAGCCAUACCUGAGGAUGUCUUUGAGCGGCACCAGGAUUUCUAUGACUCUCUGUUCACCGUGUGCAGCAAUUCCCCACGGUCACUCAUGCAUUUGUGCAGAUGUGCGAUUCGGGCAAUACUGUCAGAAAGGUGCCAUCGGGGAGUGCCCUUGCUCUCCAUCCCUCUGCCCAUAAAGAAGUACUUGCUGCUGGAACCAGAAGGAAUCAUCUACUGAGCUGCCAUAGAGCGGACAUUGGUUUCUCCCUUCCCGGAUCCAUACACCUGUGCAGGGUCCUGGAGCUCCAGACACAAUCCUGACACAGCCCUCUGCAUGUGUCCAUUUGCAAGCCAGCCUGAAGCCGGGCUGGGAUUUACCAGCUCUCCUUGGAGCUGCUUUCUUUCCCUUCGCCAAGAAAUCACAGCUGCAGCUGCAGUUUGCACUGCAGAGGCAGAGCAGGAAAGGGGCCCUGCUGCAAACACACAUGGGCACAUACUGCCAUGCUUUGUUUAGCCUAGCUUAAACCAUGCUGCUGCUUCCUUCAGUAUUUAUUCCACUGCCUGCUAGAUAGCGUUAGAUUCAAUCUGUACAACUUUUGAUACUGUUUCACUAUAAUCUUCUUCAGCUGUCCUUUUGGGAGUAAAAGAAAGGAUACUGUCAAAAAACAGGACAUUUAUUAGAGUCACAGAAAUGUUUUCCCAGAAAGAAAUGGGCAAAGUGCUUUAAAUUGUGACCACAGACAGGCUUUCAGUAGUUUCUGUAUAUUCCUGUUGAUCAAGUCUCAAUUCAGUGUUAAUUCACUGUUCACUACACCUGUCUGUUUCUUAUAAAGCUUUGUCAUAAUUGUAUCCUUUUUAAUUGUAAGAAAUUUUUCCUUUAUCAAUCACAGUAUGUAAACAGGAUUGAAUUGUUCAGCCCAGGAAUUUUUGUACUUUGAUAUUCAAGCCCAGGUAGCUUUUAGCACGUGGUGUCUCUGUUUAUACUCUCAUUGUGACCAAUGAUAAAUUCAUAUCCCAGUGUCAAGAAAGUCAGGUAGAAAAGAUUUGCCCCUGCAACCUGCGCAGCUCUACUUUAUGCCCAUCACUAUAUCUCUCAGGAUGGUGUUGGAUGUGAUCUGGGAAGAAUAUGAAUCGUUCUCUUCAUUGACUAUAAAAUGAACCAAACCUGCUAGCAUGCUCUGCACCUCAGUUUUGGCAGCUAAGUGCAGGUGAGAGGAAUCCCACCUUAACCAAAAGGUGUUUUGAAGAUGAAGAUAUGUUUGCUGGGCUGUUACAGACCUGCCAAUCCCCCUGAUCUGAAGACCCUGUGCUUUUGGACCUGACAGCACUGAUUUCCUUUACUUCUGGCUGAGCUGCUUUCUCCAGUCCAAAAGGAUAAAAUGCAGGGCAGUGACAGUUCACACAGCAAGUAUCCCACAGCAAGGGCAAGUGUGUGAUCUGACCUACAGCUAAACUCCAUUUUUCUUCCCUUUUUUAGUCAGAUGCAAUCCAUCUGGGCUGUUUCCCUUUUUUUAGACCCUGGCAAUUCUGGGCUCUGUGAAGAGGGAGGGGAGCUGUGCCCACCAUUGGGAGCCAGUAACUCCUGACUUCUCAUUGCACCUCUGACUGUGAAGCUGUCAGUCCUCAUUGCUAUCACUAUGUCUUUACAAGAGAGGCCCAGCCAAACAGGAGCAGCCAAGCUGUUCAAGUGUCUCUAUGUCUCACAAAAUGGCAAUAAGCAUUUGAAGAAAUGUGCAGAUUUAGUGUUACAAAUUGCUUCUCUUUCCUUUCAUCUCAGUUUUCAUUAAUUAAAGCUUGUAUGCUCUGUUAGGAGAACAUCCAAUUCAUGGGUCUGCCUAUGUUUAGCUAGACAGCAAUGAAGAUUGCUAUUUAGCAGUUUCCAAUUCCAAUAAGGAAUUUCAAAGCCAACACAGACGAUGAGUAAAUGCUUUCUUAUGUGGAUAAAACUGUAAUAUAGGUCCCUGUAUGUCAAUAAACUGAUGAGAGAUUUCCUUACA